CAAUGGUCUGCAGCUCACACAACCCGCCACAUCGGCUCGGUAUGUCACACUCUACAUGCGCACAUCGGCUAAAAGACGCGCGACUAAAUCGCCAUCGCAAUCGAGGCAGAACCACAUAACGCCAGACAGUCUCUUGAUCACUUGCUCUCGGGUGCUUUCGGCUUGGGCGUCCAGUAAUAGUCCUGCAGCCGAUCGAUGGAGUUGUCGCCAUCAAUCAGCAGGAUCUCGCCAUUGGGGUAAGGCUUUUCAUCAGAUAUGAGCUUGCACACAAGCUCGCCAAUGAGCAUCGGAUCGCCGAGUUGGCGGCUGGGGUUGUUGGCGUACGCCCACUCCUGCAGCCACGACACACACACACACACGUAUCACCUGGUCGACGGUAGAUGAGCUUCCUGCCUGUUGUGGUACCUGUGUGGUCUCAAAUCCAUCUUGCUUUGCAUCGUCAACUAGCAUGUCGCUCUCGAAGCCGAACGGCGCGAUGCCGUAGACAAGCACAGGAUGAUUCGGGUACUUCGACCUGAAGCUCUCGCUGACAGAGAGAAAACGCACCCCCCCCUGGACACAUCAACAUUGUCGCCUGGCUGCAUUUCCGUGCGGAGCCAGACCUGGUCACGUAUUGCAGUGUCGACCAUAUGAGGCUGUUGACCGCACACUUGCUGGCAAAGUAGGCAGGGAGAGAGCCACCAGCCACGAAAUGGUCCGCCGGUGCGCUGUAACACGAUGAUAUGUUGAUUAUCACGAGGGGCUUGUCUGGGCGUCGAUUCCUGAGGUAGUCUUUGAUGGCCAGCUGUGUGCUCGUCAGCACCGCAGUCGUGUUGACGCGCAUGACCCUCUCGAACUCUCCUGGCUCCGACUCGAGCAGAUCUGCUCGCUCCGCUGUACCUGCCACACCCACACCCACACCACACAUCAAUCCCACUGACCUGUGCACUCAUUGCAGGACGCAUCCGCCGUCUGACCUGCGUUGUUUACAAUCACGUCUACCCUUCCAAAUCGCUCGAUGGCCUCAUCAAAUGUGCGCUCCAGAUCCCCAGGUUUUCCAACAUCGCACUCCACCGCCAUCGCAUAGCGGCCUUCCGGCAAAGCAUGCCUCGACGGGCGCACGUCAUCGUUGAGGUGCCGCACUUCCUCCUGGCAUCUCUGCCGGUCCCGUGAGGCCACAACCACCAUGUGGCCGCUUCUGAUGAGGGCAGUUGAUAUCCCUUUGCCAAUUCCUCGUGCGCCGCCAGUGACAAUGGCCACACGUGCAUCCGGAAAGCCGUCGGGCCACUGCAAAGAUCCAC